GACUAGACCUCGACCCUGCCGCCCUCGAUGCCGUGUUACCGGAUAAAAUUGCAGAAAUGCUCCAUGAGUUGUUGCACUCAGCGAGGUUACAUUUCAGGAAUGAUGCCUUGUUGUUUCGGUACUUAUAGAUGAACGAUCUGAAAAAAAUGGUGAAGGGAGGGAGAUACUUAAAAUCUACCAUACCCAUACUCUCUUUGCUAAAUCUUUUAGACGAAUGGGUAGCUGAACAAUCCGCUGACUAUAUGCUGGUGAGAAGCCUGCUCCCUAUUUGACACGUUCAGUCAGACGAGAUGCUGCUAUCGAUUCUUGCUGUCCUUGUUGGGCGAGCGCUCGCCGCUCCCUCGUCGCUAUUUACCAGGGCUGACCAGGCGGCAGCUCAAGCGUAUACUUCAACUUCAGACCUCAGAUACAAGCUUGAUAUAGUUGACCCGCCGGUUCCGGGAGCAGGUAACUCGGAGGGUGCAUCAACAUGGAGCUUGAGCAUCGACGAUACAGAAACCGGAUAUAAACAAAAGAUUAGCGGUUUCGGUGGCACUGUAACGGAUGCGACGGUGAUCGUGGCAAAUGCGCUUUCUUCGGACCGGCGCUCUCAGCUGCUGAAAGAACUGUUAACUUCGGACGGGGCCAAUCUGAGCUUGCUACGCCAUACCAUCGGGGCGUCAGACCUGUCCGAGCCCCCUGCUUACACCUACGAUGAUAACGGCAAUAACACGGAUCCCAGUCUAAGCAACUUCAGCUUAGGAGACCGGGGGACGGCUAUGGCGAACUUACUGAAGGAAAUAAAGGAAAUCAGACCCGAUACCACCAUCCUCGGAAGUCCGUGGAGUGCACCAGGUUGGAUGAAGCUGAACAGGGCUCUUACCGGCAAUGCCGAAAACAACUCGUUAGAUUCGCAAUACUAUAACCAAUAUGCCCAAUACUUCGUGAAGUAUCUUCAGGCUUAUGCGGAUCUUGGUGUUGCCGUAGAUGCGAUCACCAUCCAGAACGAGCCGCUCAUCAGUGUAGGAAACGGACACAUAAGUAUGCUCCAGGAAGCCGACGAGGCCGCAAAGGUGACACGCGAUUAUAUCGGGCCUGCUCUACGUGACGCCGGCUUGGAUACGCAGAUCUGGGCUUACGAUCACAAUACGGACACGCCUAGUUACCCACAGACGGUCAUCGACGCCGCGAGCGAGUACGUUCAGGCCACUGCGUGGCAUUGCUAUGCUAUUGACCUCAACUGGACUGUCCUCACAGAUUUUCAUAAUACAAAUCCCGGGAAAUCGCAGUACAUGACCGAGUGCUGGACCGCCUCUCAGACGUCAUGGUAUCAGUCUUCUAAAAGUACCGUUGGCCCGCUACAAAACUGGGCUGAAGGCUCUCUGAUGUGGACUCUGGGCACAUGGACCGAAGCUUCGGACGGUACCUUUGGGCCUUACAUCCCAGGCGGGUGCUCAACGUGCCGUGGCCUGUUUAUCGUGGAUGAAAGUGCAAAAACGUUUGAGUACACUGUCGAUUACUACAUGUUGGCUCAAUUCUCUAAGUAUAUCCCCAAGGGUGCAACCAUCCUCAGCGGCUCCGGUAGUUACACUUAUGAUAGGUAUUCGGGUAUCCAGUCAGUUGCCUCGAAGAAUCCGGAUGGUACGCGGACGGUCGUAAUCGAGAACACGUUGAGCAACGAUGUUUAUCUUACGCUGAAUACUACCAGCGGCGAGCAAUGGAGUGGCAACCUACUUGGUAAUAGUGUCACGACUUGGAUCCUACCGUGAUUUACGUGCUGUGGUACAUGCACGUCCUCUUGCGAUCACUCUCGUAUUAUUUCCAGUCAGCUCAUCAGAAUGGUAUCUCAUGGACCCCGGAACAAGCCGCUGGAUUCUGUUUGUGAAAGAGCUUGGGUUUACGUGUGGACAAGUAUGUGUACUCUCCUAUUUGUUCUGGUGGAAAUGGUAGUGCGAAGGUCGUCGGCAACAAUGACGAGUGGCUUUAUACACGCAGUUUACACGAAGAAUGAUGCAUCCUCAACGGCAUAUCUAAAAGAGUGUCUAGGUGAACUACUUUGUUGUCUGUCUUCUAGGGAUAAGACGCGUUGUUCCAAUAGGGGGUAAGCCUCACACUUGGCCAUUUCAAUGGACAGGAAGCUCUACAUCUUGACGCAGUCGGGUUCAUAUUAUUGGCAUUACUCCACCAACAGUCAUAGUGUUCUUCUGUUUAGGCAGCAUGAUUUUCGUCUCACGCGAAUCCAGUCAUAAACCGUCGUUUCGUAGUAC